GGGUCCAUUCCUCGGGGAGAGAGGGCUGAGUUUUGUGCGCCUCCGUCCGCUGCGCGCGCCGCUCCAGGCCCCGCCGCGCCCCGCCUGCGCCCGGGACUGCGCCGCGGCACUCACUGCCCCGUUUAUUUGUCUUUGGAGCAGGCGGGCCGCGCCAGAAGCGGGCGAUCCCGCAGUGUCCUGCAGCCGCGGACGCCGCCUGGCUAGGAUGACACCACGUUGAGCGCGCCUGCAAACAACAACAACAACAACCGCCGCCGCGGCCACCGCGUCCUGCUCCUCCGAAGCGCCGCCGCCGCCGCCGGUGUAGCCGCCUCCGCGCCCCCCCGGCCGUCCGGAGCGCCCCGGCCGCUGGUGUAUGUGGCGCCUGCCCGGGACGGGCUGAAGCCGGCGGCGGGGCCGGACCGCAGGCGCCGAGCAGGGCGAGCGCGGCCAGGGUAGCCGCCUGCCGCCGAGCCCCGAGCGCCGCUGCUCGCGGAAGCGCUUUCGGCCGGGAGCUGCGGCCGCCGCCAGCAGUUUUCAUGUUUGGGAUUCAGGAGAAUAUUCCGCGCGGGGGGACGACCAUGAAGGAGGAGCCGCUGGGCAGCGGCAUGAACCCGGUGCGCUCGUGGAUGCACACGGCGGGGGUGGUGGACGCCAACACGGCCGCGCAGAGCGGCGUGGGGCUGGCGCGGGCGCACUUCGAGAAGCAGCCGCCCUCCAACCUCCGGAAGUCCAAUUUCUUCCACUUCGUGCUGGCGCUCUACGACAGGCAGGGGCAGCCGGUGGAGAUCGAAAGGACCGCUUUUGUGGACUUCGUGGAGAAAGAGAAAGAGCCCAACAACGAGAAAACCAACAACGGCAUCCACUAUAAACUGCAGUUGCUGUACAGCAACGGAGUCAGAACGGAGCAGGACCUGUAUGUGCGCCUCAUAGAUUCAAUGACCAAACAGGCCAUCGUGUACGAGGGCCAGGACAAGAACCCGGAGAUGUGUCGCGUGCUGCUGACCCACGAGAUCAUGUGCAGCCGGUGCUGUGACAAGAAAAGUUGUGGCAACAGAAACGAAACGCCCUCAGACCCUGUAAUCAUUGACAGAUUCUUUCUAAAGUUUUUCCUCAAGUGCAAUCAGAACUGUUUGAAGAAUGCAGGCAACCCUCGAGAUAUGCGGAGAUUCCAGGUUGUUGUGUCGACAACAGUCAACGUGGACGGCCACGUGCUGGCCGUGUCUGACAACAUGUUUGUGCACAACAACUCCAAACACGGGCGGCGGGCCCGCCGUCUAGACCCGUCAGAAGCCACUCCGUGCAUCAAGGCCAUCAGCCCCAGUGAAGGCUGGACCACGGGGGGAGCCACCGUGAUCAUAAUCGGAGACAAUUUCUUCGACGGCCUGCAAGUCGUGUUCGGAACCAUGUUGGUGUGGAGCGAGCUCAUCACCCCCCAUGCCAUCCGCGUGCAGACCCCACCGCGGCACAUUCCUGGAGUCGUUGAAGUGACCCUGUCCUACAAAUCCAAGCAGUUCUGUAAAGGUGCUCCUGGGCGGUUUGUCUACACCGCCCUUAAUGAACCAACCAUAGAUUACGGCUUUCAGAGGUUGCAGAAAGUGAUCCCGAGACAUCCGGGUGAUCCCGAAAGGUUACCCAAGGAAGUAUUACUCAAGAGGGCGGCGGAUCUUGUGGAAGCCUUAUACGGGAUGCCCCACAACAACCAGGAGAUCAUCCUGAAGCGGGCAGCGGACAUCGCCGAGGCGCUUUACAGCGUCCCCCGCAAUCACAACCAGAUCCCCACCCUGGGCAACACUCCCGCGCACACGGGCAUGAUGGGCGUGAACUCCUUCAGCAGCCAGCUAGCCGUUAACGUCUCGGAGACGUCACAAGCCAAUGACCAAGUCGGCUACAGUCGCAAUACAAGCAGCGUGUCCCCGCGAGGCUACGUCCCCAGCAGUACUCCCCAGCAGUCCAAUUACAACACAGUCAGCACUAGCAUGAAUGGAUAUGGAAGUGGCGCCAUGGCCAAUCUAGGGGUCCCGGGCUCGCCUGGAUUUCUUAAUGGCUCCUCCGCUAACUCUCCCUACGGCAUAGUGCCGUCCAGCCCCACCGUGGCAGCCUCUUCGGUCACCCUCCCUUCAAACUGUAGCGGUACCCACGGCAUUUUCUCAUUCUCACCUGCCAAUGUCAUCUCUGCAGUGAAACAAAAGAGCGCCUUCGCGCCCGUGGUCCGGCCCCAAGCUUCUCCUCCUCCCUCCUGCACCAGCGCCAACGGGAACGGACUCCAAGGCUCUCUGCUGGGUGCUGAGGACGCUACCGUGGAGAAGACAAACUGGCCCUUUUGUGAAGUCGGUGGCAUAUUUCACUUUGAUGAACUAAUGCUCAAAAAAGGAACUGGAAAGCUAUGUCUGGGCUGGUAGUCCCGCCGAUGUGAGGGGCUCGCUCCCCCCUCCACAGCACCCGGCACCACGACGGACUUCAGGGGACACGUUUAGCGUAGAGGGCCUGCUGCUGGAGACCGUGAUCUUCAAGCUGUCAGCAGCAGCGGAGACGCUACAAAAGACUUUGUUUAAAGAUUUUAUUUAAACUAUUAAGAAUCAACAUGCAAACAGCCUACUUCUUCAUGAACAAUUCCAUUUUAUUGACUGAACUUUUCUCAUAUUUUCACAUUUCUCAGAUCUGAAGACUAAGGAAAACAAAGUGACGCCUAUUUUGUAUAAAGUUUCUGACUCCGUCUUGGCUAUGUCUAGUACUUGCUAUGUGUUGGGAGAAACUUUGUGAAUGCACCAUUUUGAUUAUCAUGAAACACUGAUGAAAAAUGCCUCCAACCAUUUUUCUGUGCUCAUACUUAGAUUCACAAUGGUUGUGUAUCUCUAUAAUGUGAAAUAUUUUUUUGUGGUGAAAAAAAAAAAAGGGGGCCAAGGAGGCGUGAGCCAUCGAACUGGAAGGAAGGAGGACUUGAAUUCGGGUGGCAGGGAGGGAGGGAGGGUUUAUCAUUGCUUACCUUCAUCUUAAUGAAAUGAAACUUUGUAACUUAUUGUAGUUAGAAAUUGUAACUUUGAUAUUGAAUUCUCUUGCCUUCAACAAGCACACUGACAGAAAAAAAAAAAUGCUACUGUCUGUUGGUUGAAAUCUUCUCCCACCGCUAGAACUUCCUGUUAAGCAAGUGUGAUCUGCAACAUUUUUUCAACUUUUGCUAGCACUGUAUACUAUUGCAUUCUUAGGCUACUGUGAGGUCCAUGUUUCUUGUACCAGAAGUUGUCCUUUUGACUUCUAGCUCCUUCUUCCCUAAUGUGUUUUGUAUGUGGUUAUAAAAUUGUAGACUUUUGUGAUUUUGCCAAAGUUGUAGCUAAAUAUUUAUACACUUGUCUUGAAUUUUUUUCAGAUCCACUUAAAUAUUUAGAAAAAACACGUUUUCUUCCUUAUGUGUCUCAUAAGGAAUAAAAUGGUCUCCAUUCAACACUUUUCCAUGAACACUUACAGUUGCUAAGGGACUUUCUUUUGUAACAUAUCGAUUAUAAAUAUUGUAUUUAUCUUUGAGAUUUUGUACAUUGCUUUUACCGCCGUUUUCUUUUUCCUGUAUCGGUUUUUGAUCAUGGCCCGGUGUUGGGAACACC